UCACUUUAGGAGACUCACUUUCUUGCGUUCUGAACUUUAAGCCCACUGCACUAGAGUCACACACACACACACACACCCUCGGUCAGAGAAUGCUCACGAAAGGGUGGAGUCGGUGCAGUGGGACUACAGUCUGCACGAGGGGACUUGAUGAUCCGGGAAGAAUCCAAGGAGAGGUUUCCAGGGAAUUACGCAGCGUCAAACUAUACACCGGGAUGUGUUUUAGUCUAAUCCUGCUUUGAAAUCACAUCCUGUGCUAAUUCCUGUAAUCUGACUUGUAUUUGGACAUAUCUAGAAGAAGCUGCUGGUUUAUUUGCAGUCAUGGAGCGUCCUACGUUGGCCCUGUCGCGUCUUCAGUUGGAGCCACGAGCCGCGCGUAAAAGCGAGUGGCUCCGGAGCGCCCUGGUCCAUCACCACUGCCCCGAUCUCGGCGUGGAAAACGAAAUCGUCGUCUUGGCCACUGGAAUAGACCAAUACCUACAGGAGGUGUUCCACCACCUGGCCUACCCCAACCGGGACGAUACCGUGUCGGCGGAGGAUUUCACAGCGCUGUGCGUCGUGCUGGGACUCACUAGAGGAAAGAGGACGGCGAAAGGAAGGAAAGGGACUGGAGCUGAAGAAGAUGAAGAGUUUCGGGAUGUGUAUUCUGGCCUGCCCCGCCAGCUGUCCUUUAAAGACUUCCACUCGCGGCUCUGUGGGUAUUUCCGCGUCCGCAGUGCUCGUAGAGGUACCGGGGAGUGUGCCUGGCGCCUGCCCGUUGCUGAGGACACGGAGCUGGUGGAGCGACAGAUCCGCCUCCGGUGGCCGCGAGUCAGACGGCGGAAAUGUGAGCUGACCAGGGAUCAGCAUGAACGGAACAGCUCAAUUAAAGUUGGAACAGCAGAAGACCGCGAGUCAGAUGUGGUGGUAGCUCUGAGAGAGCUGGUGGAGGACCUCCGCUCAGCGCUGCAGGGGAGUGACGCUCGCUGCCUGGCCCUGGAGGUGGCCCUCAGACGGGGCAGGAGCACCAUCCCUUCUCCAUCCAGCUUCAACUCAACUGCUUUAACUCCCACGACCUCCACCACCCUUGUACAGGGAAAACUGGUACCAACACGCAGAAUCAAAGGACAGUGCAGUAGAGCUGGAGGAGACAGGGCGAUGAAGGAGGCGAGGAGACGGGACAUCAGGGACCCCCUUCUGAGGGAGCUGAAGCUGAUCCGCUCCUCACGCGAUGGGCAGCUGGAGGAGGCCAUCAAAUUCAAUGAGUGUUUGGAGGAGGAGCUGCGGUGGGUGUACCAGGAGGUGCGCAAGCUUCAGGGGGUGAAAUCUGCACUUAGGAAGGAGAAUGCUCAGAUCAGGAGGCGGGCGCAGGAGGCCAGGGAGGCUCUGAGCUUGGGGCUUCAGAGGGUUCAGAUGAUCCAGGAGGAGGCUCAGUCUGUCCCGCAGCUGCAGGCCAGGAUCACCCAGCUGGAGGCUGAACUCCAGCAGUACAGAUCCUGCUGCACCUGCGUCCCCGAGCCCGCCCAUCAGCAAGCUGACCCACUCGGAGCAGAAGACGCCUGCAGCAAGACAGAGUGUCUGCAGAGAGCAGUGGAGGGGAGAGCUGCCUCUGAUGAAGAGGAGGACGACAGAGGGAUGAGGGAGGAAGGACAGUGCGUCUGUUGGAGAUGUCAGAACCACCGGCUUUCCUCUCACAUUCACCUGCAUGAGAAAAACCCCACCAGCAGGGGGCGCUGCAGCUGGAGGGGACAACAGCAAGAGCAGCCAAAGGACAGCAGAGGCUUCGACAAAGACAAGGUGUCCCGCAGGGUCCCGGGGAAGACUGUGGUAGACGAUCUGGAUGUGUGCAGUAGGAGUGGAGAUGGUCCGCCUCAGGUCCUGCAGGUACCUGAUGCCCUCUGUGCCCGACUGUCCUCCUGGCAUCUCCUUGGCAGCGGAGGGGGUGAUGAAGAGCCAACGAUCUACCUAACCUAGGGGUUAAAAUGGACUCUGACCUUAAGCUCGACAGACAGAUAAGGACAGUCGUAAAAAAACAAGCCUGUUUCAAUUGAGGUAACUGGCCAAAAUAAAGUCAUUUCUUUCUAGGCAGCACUUUGAAACAGUAAUCCACGCCUUUGUUACCACUCGGUUGGAUUACUGUAAUACACUGUAGGUGGGGGUCAGUGGGUCCUCUAUCGCUCGUCUCCAGAUGGUACAAAACGCUGCAGCGCGUCUUUUAACUGGAACACGUGAAUACGAGCACAUUUGCCCCAUUUUACCCACUGGCUGUCUGUACAUCAUAGGAUCCAUUUUAAGAUUCUUUUAUUUGCUUUUAAAUGUCUUAAUGGCCUUGCUCCACCCUACAUCUCUGAGCUGCUACACCCCUAUAGACCCACCCGUUCUCUCAGGUCAGCCGAUCAGCUGCUCCUAAGCGUGCCCAAAACAAAGCGCAAGCUCAAAGGAGACCGAGCUUUUGCUGUAGCAGCUCCUAAACUGUGGAACGAUCUACCUCUGCACAUUAGAGAGGCAUCUUCACUGUCUGUUUUAAGUCUCUUCUUAAAACCCACCUCUUUUCCUUGGCCUUUGAUAACUGAAAUUGACAUUUCUUGUUUUGGUUGUAUUGAUUUUAUUGUAUGGUUGUUAUUGUUUUUAUUUGUAUUUUAUGCGUCGUGUGAGCUUUGUAUUUAGUGUCUUAUGUUUUCAUUUAUUGUUUUACUGUCCAGGAGAUAGCAGAGAGAAACUCCUGGUUCCACCUGUAGGGUGUCAAAGCAGCCCUCUGCUAAUCUCCUGCUAAAUAAGCUGCUCCUGUUUGGUACUUAGCCUUUAGCCCUUUUGCACCCAUGUACGUUUCUGAGUUGUGUUUCCCAGAUGUAAUUUUAUUUACUUGAUUCAAACUCUGUGUUCUCUGUUUUGUAUCUAUUUAAUUCUAUUCUAUUUAAUUGUACCCACAGCCUUUGUUCCAGAGCUCAUGAUCAAACAUAAUCUUGUAUUCAACAUUAUUUAUUAUAUCAUUUACAUUAUACAUUUACAUUUACUCAUUUGGCUUAACCUUUUAUCCAAAGCGACUUACAUUUGAGGAACAACAUACAAGCAUCAACAGAGCAUCAAAUACAGCACGAGCUCUACAACUGACAAUACAUAUUUGUAAGAGCACUAAUAAAUACUAGAAUGAGCUAAUAGCACAUAUCGCAUCAAUGGUGUAAAUACCUACGGAAAGAAGUAAGAGUUAACAAAAAGUGCAAUCAAUACAAGAUCAUUGUAGGGGAUAGAAGAAGAAGAGCACAGGAGGUGCAUG